GCGCACAACAGCACCAGCCGGAGAAUGGCGCCCCGGUCGGCUUCCGGCCCCGAGGCCCCCGCCACCUACUUCCGCACGGUCCGCCCGUUUUGGAUGGUGCUGAUCGCGGCCGGGAUGAUCUAUUACGGCUGGGCUGUCUUUGCACCUUCAACAAUCCACUAUGAUAUUCUGGGACCAUUAGGAAAGUUGACAAAAUAUCUGCAGGAGACCCACAAAACUCUUUUCAAAGCAGGGUAUGCAAUCAGUUGGCUAAUUCAUAUCGGAGAAGCAUUCUUGAGUCUCUGGGUAUGCAACAUCAAAGGCGUCACAGACAACAUGACUCGGCUUUGGUGGUUCACCCAAACUCUGUUGUUUGGAUCAGCUUCACUUUAUUGGUUGUUGGUUUACAAGCCACCAAGGAAAAGCCACUGAAGAACUGGAGCUGGGAGAGGG